AUGGUUGGCAUUCUGCUUGAACAACCCUCGCAUGCUCCUGCCUUCCGCACCGACCGCGACGGUCUGGCCUUUGAAGAGCUUUGUGACGAGAUUGAACAUGCCGACAUCCUUGCUGACCAAGCGGUCAAGCAAAAGCAAGCCCGAAACGAAGAUGACGACGGUCCAUCCAAAUUUGACGCCGACAAAGACAAGUCUCAAUUCCGCCAGUAUGAGACUGCCAGCGAUCGGGUCAAGAACUUCUAUCUGGAGCAACACACCAAGCAAACCGUCGCAUACAACCUCAAGGCACGCAAUGAAUUCAAGUCCAAGACUCGCGCCGAGAUGACGGUAUGGGAAGCCAUCGAACGCCUCAACACGCUCAUCGAUGAGUCCGACCCAGACACCGAGCUCAGUCAGAUCGAGCAUCUUUUGCAGUCCGCCGAGGCAAUGCGUCGUGACGGUCGUCCUCGCUGGAUGCAACUGACCGGCUUGAUCCAUGACCUUGGCAAGCUCUUGUUCUUCUUUGACGCCCAGGGUCAGUGGGAUGUUGUUGGUGACACUUUUCCUGUUGGCUGUGCCUUUGAUGACCGGAUCAUCUACGGCACCAAGUCCUUCGCGGCCAACCCCGACUUCAACGACCCAGUCUACAGCAACAAGUUCGGCAUCUACUCUCCAGGCUGUGGUCUGGACAACGUCAUGCUCUCCUGGGGCCACGAUGAGUAUCUCUAUCAUGUGGCCAAGGAUCAAAGCACCCUCCCCGACGAAGCUCUCGCCAUGAUCCGAUACCACAGCUUCUACCCUUGGCACCAGCAGGGCGCCUAUCGGGAGUUCAUGACCGAGCACGACGAGAGGAUGCUCAAGGCUGUCAAGAGGUUCAACCCAUAUGAUCUCUACAGCAAGAGCGAUGAGAAGCCCUCGGUUGAAGAACUCAAGCCAUAUUACCUGGAAUUGAUUGACGAGUUCUUCCCACAAAAGGUUGUUAAGUGGUAG